AUGUUCCAGGCUAUUAAGAUUUCACCAGAGGAUGCUCGGUUCCACAGGUUCGUUUUCAGAGAGAAUCCAAACCAUCCCAUACAAGUCUUUGAGCUUACAACAGUCACUUUCGGGGAUAAACCCCCUCCAACCGCAGCAAUCAUCACCCUCAGACAUGUGGCUCGUGAGCAUGCACCAGAUGAUGACAAGAUACAGAAAGUAAUCAUCGAGCAAUUCUAUAUGGACGACCUGAACGAGUCAGUUAGUAAUGCUGAGGAAGCUCUGGAGUUGAAGUCCAAGCUGACAGAGACAUUGAAGAAAGGAAACUUCAACUUAAGGAAGUGGCAGUCUAAUGUCAAGAAGGUCUGUGAUGAGACAGAAAACACAGACACUGCUACUGUCCUAGGUACCAGCUGGGAUCUAUCUAAGGACACACUGAGAGUGAAGAAGGUCAAACCCUCCGAGGAUACUACCCUCACCAAGCGGAAGAUUCUUGCUCAAACGGCAUCCUAUUACGAUGUUUUUGGAAUGCUUUCCGGACUGUUGGUACACCCCAAGAUUCUUCUUCAAAGGUUGUGGCAGCUGGACCUUGACUGGGACUCCCCUCUUGACCAAGGCAGUGAGCUCUAUUCCAUGAUGAGUAAGAUCAACAGAGACCUUAAUGAGAUGGACGGCAUUGAGAUCCCAAGAUGUCUGAUACCAGAGCCUUAUAGGGGAACGAGACCCCUACCCAUAGUGUCCAUGCAUGGUGUCAGUGAUGCUUCAGAGGACGCCAUGGGUUUUGCAGUGUGGCUGAGAUGGUCACAUGCUGACAGCCAAGAAGCUCAUCUAUCCUUCGUCUGUGCCAGAUCUAGGGUGACACCUCUGAAACAGACAAGCAUGCCUCGGAAGGAGCUACAAGCUCUUCUCCUUCUAUCCAGACUGAUGAUCACCAUCAGAGAUGCUCUACGCUUCAGCAUAGUCGGAUGGAAGAUGUGGACAGACAGCAUGACAGCGAUUAGUUGGCUUAGAGGGCAGUCUAAGACCUUCCGAUCUUACGUCGCACAUAGAGUCGGUGAGAUCACAUCUGAAUUUGACCCCUACAGUGAUAUCGCCUACGUUCCCUCGGAUCAAAAUGCUGUUGAUCUCAAUUCCAGAGGAGGCGUUGUUACAGACAUGCAGGAGGUCAUCAAGGGCCCAAAGUACUUGAGACUACCUCCUCAUUCUUGGCGGACACCAGAAAAUGUUCCUGUCAAACCGGGAGAUCCUGAACAGAAGAAGUUUCACUCCCGAAACACCAAGAUCCUCUCAGUAACUGUGAAUGCUGUGUCCAAGAACUCCCCGAUUGUUGAUGCUACCAAGUUCUCCAGCUGGUCAAAGCUACAGAUGGUCACGGCGAGGGUGUUAUCCCUCAAGGAGCUUCCCCGGAAUCAAUGGCUGAAGCAAUUCCUCCGGCAGAUCUCUGAAUGGCCAUCCCAAAGAAUGAUCAAAGAGGCAGAACUGUAUUGGGUCAGACAAGCUCAGAAGGAGAUAAACUUCCAAGAUUCCAAUAUACAGAAGCUGGACCCAUUCUUCGAUGAGGACAGUGAAGUGUACCGUGUUGGUGGACGUCUAGGUAGAGCACCGCUGUCGUAUGACAUUCGCCAUCCAUAUCUUCUUCCGAAGAAGAGUCAUAUCAGCUUCCUCCUGGUAUGCGAUAGACAUCUACAUGCCCUUCAUGGUGGUCAUUUGCGGACAGCAAAUGAGGUUCGGAAGAAGUACUGGAUAGUGGGGGACAUGAACAUUGCACGACGUGUUGUACGCUGUUGCAUCACUUGCAGACGGCAUAGAGGCAAACCGACGCACCAGAGGAUGGCUGAUUUACCAGAGUUUCGGGUCAGCCCAUGCUCGCCACCCUUCAAGACUAACUUGGUGGACUACCUAGGCCCAGUAAUGGUGAAGCUGAAUCGUAAUACCACGACCAAGGGAUAUGGUGCCUUAUUCACAUGUGCGGUUACCAGGGCUGUCCACCUGACAGUAGUCCAAGACCUAUCAACUCAGGCAUUCCUUCAAGCCUUAGAAAGGUUUGUCAGUAUUAGAGGAGCACCAGCCAUGAUGGUUAGUGACAAUGCUACUUGUUUCCGAGGGGCUGACAACACGAUCAAUGAGCUGAACCUUAAGCUGAACCAAACGCAGGUACGGGAGCACUGUCAACGUUAUAAGGUUGAGUGGAAGUUCGGACCACCGGGAGGACCCCAUCACCAAGGGGCAGUAGAGCGCAUGGUCCAAGAAGUAAAGAAAGCUAUGAGGCACCUUGUGAAGGCUGACCGUCUUACCUUCGUGGAAUGGGAGACUGUUUUCUGCAAGAUUUCAGGGCUCAUUAACAGCCGUCCCCUGACUGCGAUGUCAUCGUCGCCUCUCGAUCAUCCACCGCUGACUCCCAAUCACUUUCUCACUGGGAGAGGAGAUCUGAACUGCCCUGAUAUUCCUUGUGAGGACUACAGAGGAGAUCUACGGAAACGCCGUGAACUGUGUAAUACAAUGGUGGAGGGUUUUUGGCGUAGAUGGAUGGAGUACACCCACAAGUUGGCACCACGUCAGAAGUGGCAACGAUCUUCAGACAACGUGGAAGAGAACGAUAUCGUCCUCAUCAUCGGUGAUGACAGAAAACGCGGGUCGUGGAAGACGGCCGAGGUAGUCAGGACUCAGCCUGGACAGGAUGGCCUUGUUAGAGUCGUCGAAGUGAAAUACGCAGAUGGGACGCGUGCCACCAGGCCGAUUACAAAACUUGUAUCCCUGAUGAAGCGAGAUGAACGUUCAGACUUUUAA